AUGGCUCCCAAGAAGACCACCACCCGCGCUCCCCAGGAGAACAUCUCCCUCGGACCCUCCGUUCGCGAUGGCGAGCUGGUCUUCGGCGUUGCCCGUAUCUUCGCCUCCUUCAACGAUACCUUCGUCCACGUUACCGAUCUGAGUGGCCGUGAGACCAUCACCCGUGUUACUGGUGGUAUGAAGGUCAAGGCCGACCGUGACGAGUCCUCCCCCUACGCUGCCAUGUUGGCUGCCCAGGACGUCGCUGCCCGCUGCAAGGAGCUUGGCAUCAACGCUCUUCACAUCAAGAUCCGUGCCACUGGUGGUAACGGUACCAAGACCCCCGGUCCCGGUGCCCAGUCCGCUCUCCGUGCCCUCGCCCGUGCUGGCAUGAAGAUCGGCCGAAUUGAGGAUGUUACCCCUACUCCCUCCGACUCUACCCGCAGAAAGGGUGGUCGCCGUGGUCGUCGUCUCUAA